CGGUGUGCGCCAGUCGGCCCCAAGAUGCCCCUCCGGAACCAGCCUCCCGCGCUGCGCCGCGCCGCUAUGUCCACCAUCGCCAGUCACUUCGAGCUGCUGUGCUACGGUGUGCGCAACAGCAAGGAAAUGUCGGAGCUCAUCCAGUCCGACGCCUACCUCGACAUCGACGGACCCUUCCAGCACUUCCCGCCGGAGCUGCUGGAGGACCUGUUGGCCGCCAUAGCGGAGGAGCACGUGCUGCACCGCAAGCAUCUGCACAUGCUCGUCACGCCGGCCAUCACCAGCCUCGACCUGUCGCUCGGCACCGGCGACACGCUCUCCGGCUUCCGCUUCAUGCUCCAGCGCUGCAAGAACCUGAAGAAGCUGAACAUCUCCUACCUGCGGCACAUGACGCCGAACAUCCUGCUGGGACUCAUGCCCUGCUUCAACUCCCUGGUUAGCCUCAAUCUCAGCAUGACCAUGGCCACUGACCAGAUGCUGGAGCAGAUCGGGCUGCAGUGCCCGCUGCUGGUGGAGCUGCAGCUGGUGUCGACGCCGAUGACGGACCGCGGGUUGGUGCGGCUGUGCGUGGGGUCGGACGGCACGCGCCUCUGCCAGCGCCUGGCCCGGCUCGCCGUCGCUGACACCAGCGUGACGGUCUGCGGCGCCGCAGUUGCCCUGCAGUCGCUGCCCUGCCUCUCAGAGUUCGACUUCGACAACAUCUUCGAAGCGCUGGAGCUGCUGGAGACGUGGGACCACGAGCUGGAGCACCGCCUGCUGUCGGGGCUGGGCAUCCGCCUGUCGGAGGAGGGCAGCCCGCGGCCGGAGCGGCUUCGCCUCAGCACGCUGCUGUCGGCAACGGAGCGCGCGCAGGAGCACCAGCUGGACUCUGCGACGCGCCUCUGCCCCGACACCAAGACCGUCGCGCUCUCCAACGCCUGGCUGCCCUCCGAGGCCCUCUACAAGUUCAUGCUCUUCGAGAACCUGUGCGCCCUCUCACUCACCAACUGUGAUGGACUCACGCUCGACUUUGAAGCAGGCGUCCUACCACUGCUGUGUGUCAUAGGCGGAAAUCUGCAGAAUCUUAUUCUAUCCAAUUUCACCUUCAUUGAUAUCCUGGCAAUUGGACGAGCAUGCCCACAACUCUUAAAUCUGGCCCUCUCAAAUGUCGCAGAAUACGAGGACAUUGGAACUCCCAGUCCUGAAUGUUUCAAUCAGCUGCAGGCUCUUGAGCUCUGGUCAGACCCACAGGCUGACUUGGGACCCAACCUGUUUAGGCAACUCUUGCUCUUCAGCCCUUCAUUACGUAACAUAUUGUUCAAAGGAUGUGAGAACCUUACUGACAAAUUGCUGAAUGAGAUUUUACAGAUCAAUCCAAUGAAGAAUAUUUCACAUGUAACUCUGGACCACUGCCAUGGGCUUACAAACCAAAGUCUCCAUUAUCUUCUUGACUUGGACAAUGAACUAGCUGUUAUCAGGAUAUGGUGCUGCCAGGGGAUCAACAAACAUCAUAAUAAUGAACUCAUGCGCAGAAUCUGUGAUGAAAAUAUGGAUGUGUAUCUUGAAUGGUUCCAAUAUGAUGAAUAAAUAGUUCCUAUUUAAUUUUUAACAAAAAUAAGUUAGCUUAAAUGCCUGCACAUUUUAACAAAUGCUUAACUACAAGCAACAAGUUUUAACACUAUGUGCCAAGUUAUCACAGUCUCUCAUACAGUAUGAAAUUUGAUCCAGAUGAACAGCGAGUUGGGAUGGCACACAAAGAGAAAGAGGAAUAAAUGUCAGUAUUUUCUUUGUUUUGAGCUGUGUAAAAAAAUAUGCAGUGAAAAAAGAUGUAUAUAAUUUGUUUUGAUUCACAUUUAAUCAUAAACACAAUUUAUAUUAACCCACUAUUAAUUUAUUCAUACUAUUGGUGAAACAGUUUGGAUUAACAAUACUACUGUGGUCAGUUUCAGGGCACUUAUUUCAUACUGAUUAGGUAUUCAAACACUUCUACUGACAACAGUAAUUCAUAAAGGUAGUAAUGCUUCAUUUUCUUUAGAAAAUCUGGGAUUUUGAAAAAGAGUCUAUUAUCUCCCCAAGAAUUAUUUACAGCAUAAAGUACUAUGGCUUUUGUUAUUUGAAUCAAUGUUUUCUCAAAUUAACACACAAUAGCAAAUGACAAAAAAAAUGAAAAUAAGAAUAUUAUGAAGUACAAGCUGACACACUGGCUUCAGCUGCAAAAUUGCUAAACUUACGAGGGUUAUUCCAAAAGUAAGGUCCGGUUAUAAAAAAAAUCAAAACUAAAAUGUUUUUUCAAAACAAUUGUUUUAUUUACAUUCCUUACAUCUUUAUCUAUUUUUCUACAUAACUUCCAUACUUAUUUAAACAUUUGUCACAUCGUUCAACAAGCUUUUGAAUGCCCAUGUUAUAGAAAUCGGCCGCCUGUGACGAUAACCAGUCCUUAACUGCUUCUUUCACUUCAUCAUCUGUGUCGAAGCGCUUGCCGCCGAGAAACUCCUUUAAGUAACGGAACAGGUGGAAAUCACUUGGCGCCAGGUCCGGACUGUAAGGAGGAUGGUCCAUCUAAUCCCAUCCAAAUUUCUUGAUCAGAGCUUGCGUUUCAUUUGCAGUGUGGGGUCUGGCAUUGUCAUGCAACAACAAGAUUCCAGACGACAAAAGACCACGUCGCUUAUUCUGGAUUGCACGUCGAAGUUUAGUCAGGGUAGCGCAGUAGGCGGCUUUAUUAAUCGUUGUUCCUCUCUCCAUAAAGUCGACUAACAAUACUCCACGUCUAUCCCAGAACACAGUCACCAUAACCUUACGUGUUGAGAUUGUCUGCUUUGCCUUGACCUUGACUGGCGAUGACGUGUGACGCCAUUGCAUUGACUGACGUUUAGACUCUGGAGUGAUGUGAGAAACCCAUGUCUCAUCCCCUGUGACAACAUUGUUUAAAAGACUGUCACCUUCCUUAUGAUAUCGCUCCAAAAAAUCAAGAGCAAAAGCCAUUCUUUUCAUUCGUUGGGGCUCAGUAAGCAGCCUGGGAACCCAACGGGCACACAAUUUGUGAAACUGCAAAUGUUCAGACACAAUUCUGUACAAAGUUGUUCUACUCACAUUCGGAAAAUGCAUGUCUACGUCUGUAAUAGUGAAUCGGCGAUCUUCACGAAUUUUUUUGUCAACCGCAUUGACCAAAUCGUCUGAAAUCACUGAUGGUCGGCCACACUGUGGUUCAUCGUGCACAUUAUCCCGUCCUUCAUUAAAAGCUCGCACCCACUUGCGCACUUUACUGUCGCUCAUUAUGUUAGGACCGUACACUUCAGUAAUCUGCCGAUGGAUUUCCGCCGCUGAAUUGUUUCUUGCAGACAAAAACCGUAUCACUGCCCUUACUUCACAAUCGGCGGGCUGAUCAAUUGUCUUAAACAUUGUAAAGUGACACUGUGAACUACACUCAGCAACAGUAACAAAGCGAAUGGCGGCGUUUGACGCGCAAGGCUUGCCGGGAGUCGGCGCGCAUGCGUGUUUUGCCAUUGGCGCCAAAUUUCAAUAGUUACGGCGAAUCGGACCUUACUUUUGGAAUAACCCUCGUAUAUUUCCAGCAUAGCAUUUAAACAUACUGAAUACUAUGGCUCUUAGGGGUAUUGCACACUGCUUUAAUUAUGUGUUCCCUUAAAGUGUAGGUCUGCAGUGUCUUGCUGAAAGUCUGUGAAAUUUCAUUAGAUGUGGAUUAGUCCAUAAAAUGAUUUAGGUGUCACAUGAGAUCUUCUAUAUUUCAAUAAAAGUUUAUUGUGUCUAAUUGAAGUUCAGCCUAAUUACACAUUCCUUUGAGACAACAGAUCUUGAGUCUUAUCAGAGCAGGUGCACCACAAAACUGGCAUGAAUUAUUCCUUUGUAAAACAAAACAAAUUCACAUAUCCACCCAACACAGAUUAUUCAAUGAACAGCUAAUAAUCCUGCUAGAAUUCUGUCACCCAAAUUCACUGGUCAAACCAGCUGCAAAUCUAAACAUAAUUCACAAUGUCACUGACAUUAAAUAUCUCCAUACUUCUAUACGGUUCAUUAAAGUGGGCAAUUUGCCCCUCAGGUCACUGUUCAUCAUGUGGUAGCUACCAUACAAAACACAACUGCCACAACAAACUGCUGACCCUUCUUACCACACAACUGGUCACCACCCCGCUCUCAUGCUAACUGCCCCCACUGACCACAACUACCUGCACUCAUGGCUUCCUGUCCUCCCAUAGACUCUCCCUAGACCCAACAUCACAUAUCAACAUCCGCCCCAUUAGCUGAAUGGUCAACGCAUUGGAUUGCCAUGCUCGGGGCCCCAGGUUUGAUUCCUGGCUGGGGAGGGAGAUUUUCUCCCCUAAGGGACUGGGUGUUGUGCUGUCCUCAUCAUCAUUUCAUCCCCAAUGUCAAUGCGCAGGUUGCCCAAUGUGGUGUCACACCCAAUAAGACCUGCACUUGGCACUCGAACUUCCCGCCUGGGAACUCCUGGUCACUGAUGCCAUACGCUCAUUUCCAUUUUUUUGCAUCUCACAAGUACAGCAUAAAUUAUUUAAAUUGUUAAUCAUUCAUUAAUAUAGUCUACACAUGCAUACUAAUGAAACAAAACAAUUAAUAGUAAGUGGAUGUCUCCAGAAUGAUUGGUAACCAAGUUACAUGCUAUUAACUAUUUGUUCUGAAAUUGCAUAAUUUAUAAAACAAAUUAAAUGUGCAUACAAGACAAAAUAUUCAUAAGUGUUCAGUGUUGUCCUGAAAGGAAAUUGUCUUCUAUUUCUCAUCUUGUAUUCGGAUGUGAGUUAUUCACCAUCAUUUUCUCCUAAUUUGCAUAUUUAACUGUGUCAUAAUUAAUCAACAACUUAUCCACUUAAAUAUGAAUCAGCUGCAUCUUCUGAUUUUGAUUUAUAUUGUUAUUGUGGUCUUAGAAUGGCAUGUUGCCAAGUGUCAAUCUGUACCUUACCCCUAAGUGGCAAUAAGAUAAUUAAUUCUAUUAUUCUACCACCUCACACUAUGGUACCUGUGUCAGGUAUUGCAUGUAAGUGCUGUGCAGCUAAACAGAUUGCUCUUAACAGAAGCUAAUCACUGACUUCUGGUUUGUCACAAUCUGAUUAAUAUUAAUAAAGAUAUAACUUUUAAUAGAGUCAGAGCACUUCAUAUAGUGUAAUUUCUAAAGUAAUUGUUCCAAAGUAAAGGCGUUACUAUCAGCAAUUCUGUCCUUUUACCCUCUUUGUGUUGGUAUAUUUCCCUAUUAUUUAUUUUAUCUGCCACAUAUACUUAUAUAUUCACUCAAUACAAAUCUGCUCCAUCAUUCACCAGAGUAUGCUGAGCUCAGAAUAGAAGCCAUCUCCUGCCUCCAGAAUACUAGUUUCCAAAGGCUUUUCCCAGACAUCAUUGUUAUUGUGUUUGAGUGUUACCUGCCUCCCACCUACAGCCACUCGCUGUCCAGCUGGGCCCUCCCAUGAGUUUAUAGCUUACUAGAAUUCAUCUUCUCUGUACAGAAAGAGCCCAUGCCAAAAUUUGCCAACUUACAGAUGACAUGCAAAUACCUAUUCAUUAGAAACAAGAGUUUGUUUACAGAGGAUUCACAAACCACACUAUUUUUGUAGUUAUGGAGAAAGAGAAAAGAAGACAAAUAUAUGGCAAAUUGUUACAGUUUUGACAUUGUUGCUGUGUCCCUUUUAACCUAAGGACCUACAUGUACUUUCUGAUAUUUUCCAGGGAGCUCCUUUCUCUCCAUCUUCCUCUUUGACCUUAAAAGUACAAAACCUUGCAUCUGAUAGUGCAAAUCUAUUUUGUGCACUAACUGGCAACAAGUGGUUUAUUUCAUUCCAGCAAAUGAAGAAAUUUUAGAUUUUUAUGGUCUGUAUGCAUAAUGUGUUUUUCGGAUACUUUAAAAAAUGAACUGAAACUGUUAAGGUACACACACACACACACACACACACACACACACACACACACACACACACA